AUGUCGUUGAAGACCUGGAUGAAAUGUUUGUUGUCCUUGAGUUUGGAUAACAGGUUAUCGGCUGGUGUACGCUCUUUUUUGAAAAAUGCAGCGUUCAUCGCUGUGUACGAACGGGAAGACUUGACUUCUUCCCAGUCCUCUGGAGGAGUUCCAAAGGUGUUGAAGAUGGAUGCCAGAAGGGCCAGGUCGCUGUGUGCAGAGUCUGUGGAGUACGGUGUGGUGAAACCCUGA